CGUCAAAUAGUUGACAAUCGCGCAGCCAUAUUGUAUUGAGUUUUACUACUGUGUCUAGAAGUGCCAUGAUUUAAUUACAACUCGUAUUUACAGUGGUGUUACUCUGCGUACUUUGGUUUCGGGACCCGUGGAUUACGCCCCUGACGUGUGGCACUAGUGUCGUGUGUGUGCGAGUGUGUAUGGUGUCUGGCAGUAGCGGCCAGCGGCAAGAUAACAGGACCUUGAAACUGCGAUGUAAGCUGUCUGUAAGCUCCCUGGAAUGUGUGAAGUGUAGUGUGGCCGGCAAGGCAAUUGAACGAAAAGUGUUAAAAUCUGUCCGGGAGCAUCCUCCAGCCCCGCGGCCCGCGGGCCGCCCAGGCCCGGACAAAAACUGUGAACAAGAGGGCCGCCUAGCCCUGCCGUCAGGCCGUGCCAGGGUCUGCUCGGCCACAGGCAUGCACUGUGACCUGUCGCCCAGGAGGCCCCCGCGGAUCCUCCCACCGGUACAGUACGGUGAAGCAUGAGCCAUGUCCGGCGACGCGAACCACCUCGCUGGUGACGGCCCGCUCGCGUGGCGCGGCCCGUGCGAGCUGCAGGAGUGGGGAGACGUUAAAAUGAACGCUGUCACUGGUGGCAGCGGCAACCGGAAACGGAAAAAAGAGAACAACAAAUCUCAGUCGCAGUCUAUUAAUAAGUGUGUCAAUGAAAAAAGAAGACGGGAGUUGGAGGGCUUGCACAUCGAAGACCUCGCUGAACUCAUAAAUUCACGCUUUACGGAUAGUCACUCUAUGGCUGUAAAGCCUGACAGAUGUGCAAUCCUUCAAGCAGCUGUCACCCAACUCCAAAACAUUAGUAAAGAUGCUAAUGCUGUUCAGCAGGGAGAAGUGUCCUCCUCAAAACCCAGUUUUAAGGGGAAAGAUGUCUUUACCGGACUUAUGCUAGAAAAUGCUGAUAGCUUUGCGUUUGUCGUUAACAGUGAGGGAGAAGUUGAAUUUAGCACGGACACUGUAGAAAAUUUCAUCAAAUACACCAAAAGUGAUUUAGUGGGUCAAAGCAUUUACAACUUUGUGCACCCAGGUGACCAUAAUCGGUUUUCUGAGAAGUUAUUUCCCUGGAAUGGGGAGCCGCAGCAAAUACAGGGACAACAACCCCGUAAAGCUGUGCCCUUACGCCUCCUGGUGAAGCCACCUUCUGACCAAGAUGUGUCUAUGGAAGAAAAGCAACAGCGUGCUGAACAAUACGUUAAUAUGCUUAUUAUGUCUGAUACACUCCGGGAUUCAGGUAGUCUCUUGUGUGUAGCUCGAAGAGUAACUCCUCAAGUGGAAAAACCUAUCUUCUCUCUUCCAUCUGGUGAUGUUUUUACAAUUAGAUUUAAAGAUGGCAAAGUUCUUGAGUUUUGCACAGCUACUCUGAAUCCCCCUCAAAAAUAUAACAUUAAUAAGAAUGAUUUUAAAGGAAAGAAAAUACAAGAAAUAUGUCACCCUGAUGAUUAUUCCAGAUUACAGGGUCAUUUAAAAGAAUGUAAGGAAACACCCACAAGGAUGCAAUAUCGCUUUAAAGUACAGGAAAAUAAAUACAUCCUAGUACAGAUAGAAUCUAAAAUGUGGAAGGGAGAGGUACAAAAUGAGUCACAGGUGCGCCCUGUCUUGUCGGAUUUUAUAAAUUCUACUCACACUAUCUUAGGUGAUGAUACAGAUCACAGGAAUAACUCUGCAAUGGAAGGAGCUUCACCACUUCCAGCUCUACCAUCAAGUGGGCAAAGCUCUAGUGGAAGUCCUGCUAGUGUUGGUGGUCCUCUUUUGUUCUCAACACCUGUUAACGGACAAGUAUCACAUGCAAGUGCUUCAUAUACCCCAGCAUCAACUGGAGACUCACUUACGAAUUCAUCACCUGUAAAUUAUAAUUCUCAUGAAUGGAAUGAACUAUUUCCAAGUUCUACCGGAUGGAAUCUGGAUGGAGACGGGUCAACGAACACUCCACAGACUUCACGUCCUCCCAGCACAACUGCUGCACCCAGUCCAUUUGGUAGUACUUAUGAUUAUGGUUGUACUCAGGAUGAAAGUAAAGACUCAAAAGAUGGUUUGGUAGACAGUGGAAGUGCGGGUGGUGAAUCAGAAAUUUUAAGAAAUCGUCUAAUAACAAAGCAAGCUAGUGGUGAAGAUGGUGAUAGUGGUUGUGAUGAAGAUACUAGAAGGAAAGAUCCUAUUCUAAUAGGCUUAUUAAAGCAAGAGGAUGAUAGAACUCGAAUGAGCCCAGCUGCACCUAUUCCAGAACAACCCAAAACAAACAAGAACCACAUGCUGCUUGAGUUAUUGAUUCAGAAAAACGAUUCUGAAGGAGGAAGCCAAGAUAAUAAACUCCUUAGUAGUUUAGGACUGUCACUUUCGUCGCCAUCACAGGGCUCAUCCGGCCCUACGGGUGGACCAGCCUCUCUCUUCAAUCGCAAGAGGCCUAGUGAUGAGUCAGACAACGACUUUCACGGCCAGGGGCCUAGGGGCCACAGACCAGGGGGUGGACCGGGUGGUCUGGAACAUGUCAGUUCAUCAGGUGGGCCACCUGCACCAGGAGGUGGGCCCGGUGCUUCAGCCAACAACCCAGGAAGGCUUUGGGAAAAGAACAAAAUGCUGGCUAGUUUGCUUGCAAAGCAGCCUUCGCAACCAGCAGUUAUCCCCCCAGUGCCGGCCUCCAUCAUAUCUGCCACUCCUCAGGAUAAGCUCCCUAGAGUCGCUGAUCGACACAAUAAGCAAGCAUCAAAUGUUUGGUCUGGUGGAUCUCUUCAAUCUCCGUCCUCAUCUACAGUAAAUACCAACCAAUCGCGCCUGGCCCAGGGUCAGGACGCACGUGCCAGACAAGCGCAGGCGCAGGCCAGGCACAACAUGAUGAUGAACCACCAAGACCAACAACUGCACCAGCAGCAAAUGCAGAAAGCUCAAAUGCAAGCUCAACAACACCAACAGCAGCAGCAACAACAACAGCAACAUCAGCAGCAGCAACAGCAGUGGCCUGGUGUGGGAGGUCCUGGCCCGGGCAGUGGCCCAGGUGGAGGAAAUGGUGGACCUGACAAUUCAAAUUUGUGGGAUAGUCAAACAUCUGAUCCCUACCUUUCAGACCUUCUUGACUCUGUGAUAGAUAUAGUCCCUGAUUCUGAAUCAACAUCAGUAGUCAGCGUCUUGGAUGACUUACUGGUCUCUCAACCUCAAAGUGGAUCCAAUCCUAUUGCAGGGGAGAGAGAGAAAAUGGCAAUCAGCGCCAUUCAAAAAAGUCUCAUGCAGUGUGAAUCAGCUGUAAAGAGCCCAUCUUCUCCCACAUUAGGUCCCGUUACACCACCAACCUAUAAUCCAGUUUCUACUCAGCAAGGUGGAUUUCCAGUCCCCCCUCCUAUUUAUACCACAAACAGGCCAAGGUUUUCCUUGGCUCAACAACAGCAGCAGCAACAGCAACAGCAGCAGGCUGCUAUGAAUGUGCGACCUGCUGCUCCCCAAUAUCCAAUGUCAGGAAAUGCUUUAGCUAACCAACAGAAUAUGAUGCAGAGAACUAAACUUCUUCAACAACAGCAACAGAAACAGGCUCAACAAGAUCGCAAUAGGUUACUGCAACAGCAGCAACAGCAGCAGCUUUUAAUUCCACCCAGUGCCUCUGCUGAUCAGUUACAACCUGGCAUGCAGAAUAUUAGUAGUUUGCUCAAUGAUGCUGGGGCACCAAAUGUCUCAUUGCAGAGGUCAGCCAGUAUUCCUGAGUCCCAACUAUCGCCUAGUUAUAAUAACCAAAUGCAGCAAAAUGCCGCAAUGCAGCAGAAUGCAGCAAUGCAGCAGAAUGCAAUGCAGCAGAAUGCAGCGAUGCAGCAAAAUGCUGCUAUGCAACAAAAUGCCGCCAUGCAGCAAAAUGCUGCCCAGCGGUUAGGUCAACCAUAUUCACCCCAUGGCCAGCAGCAGCCAGGAUUUUCACCUGUCGGUUUUGGUAACGGCGGGCAAGGUCCAGGUGGCCUGCAAGGCCAGGGGGUUGGUGUUAAGGGAAUGCAAGGUGUACAGGGUAAUGUACAGGCUGCUCAGGCAAGGUUAUCUCCUUUGCCAGCCAACAGCCUACCAUCAUUUCAACCGUCACAAUUGUCACCUCGCAUCUCACAAGUCCAGCAACCUGGCUAUGCCAUGCCUCAACAGCAGGCUGGAUAUGGUGCACCAGGGCGAAUGUUUGUGGGCCAAGCAAGAACGGCUCAGCAACAACAGCAAGCACAACAAGUGCAACAGCAACAACAGCAACAACAAGCCCAACAGCAGCAGCAGCAGCAGCAGCAACAACAACAAGCCCAAAUGGGCUUACGAUCUAUGCCUAGUCCUGGAACGCCUGGCUCAACGAGACAGUCACCAUUCCCACCAGAUGGCUUUCAGCCUCCAUCGUCACCAAAUGCAAACCCAUACUACCAAACUAUGAGGUUGCCACGCACAAUGAGUGCACCCAAUGCCAACUCUCAACUUCCUGGUCCAGCAGGUCCGCAAUGGCUUUACGGGCUGAAGGAUCACCCUCCCGACCACAGUCACGUGCCCCAAACCCACCAUCCCCACCACCACCAACACCCCAACCACCCUCCUCAUCCCUCCCACCCUGCACACCCCGCCCACCCGUCUCAUACCUCCCACCCAUCUCAACAUCCCUUCCAGCACCAUGUCCCUCACUCCAUGAUGUACCCCACCCUACCACCUCCGCAUCCCUCAACCACCCCCGACUCGCAGUUCUUAUCGUAUGAUCAUUCAAGUUUAAUGUAUGGGUCCAGCGACCGGGGCCGACCAGGUCCCGGUCCCGCCGCGCAGCCAACCGGCGGUGCGGGAAAUAACAGUAUGGCAUCAGAAUACGUAAAACAGGAGCUUCGUGCCACUGUUGGUGCUCGAAUGCAGCAGCAAGGAAGCCCAAGAAACCCCCAACAACAUAUGGGAAUGGCUAUGCAGCAACAACAGCAGCAACCUGAUCUCUCUUCCCUUGGCAUUAAUUUUGAUAUGCCACCCUCAGGUGGAAAUGCCGAUGGAUCAAAGGCUUGGGUUAAUAUGGGCUCUGAUAUGGGAGCUGUUUCACCUCAGCCUAGCCUUUCUAGGAAUACCAUGGAAGAUCCAUCAAGAGCUGGAGGGGAGCAGACGUCAUCGUUAUUACAGAAAUUGCUGUCUGAUCACCCCUAAUGAAGCAAAGGGACUGUUGGACUAGGGCUUAUUUGUUCUCUAAACUGUCCAAAUGAUGCCCUCUUCAGCAUUCCACACUGUUAUUGCAGGGUUGUGUUGAGUGGCUAAGAAGAAUUCAGUUCCUCUGUUGCUCAAACUGUUUAGCUGCUGGAACAUUAUAUUAUUGUUAACUUGAAAGUGCAUUGAUUAAGAAGUUACUUGUUUUUAUUUCUAAAAUUUAUGACGUUUUUUAAAAGUAACAUAAGCAUAAUCUAUGUAAAAAUUAAAUUUGCAUAAUAUGAUUGUUUUUAAUAUUUGUAUACCAAAAGAGAAUGACAAGAUACUCAAGACAUGUUGACGCCACAAGUCAGCAUUGUCGUGUUGGCUUGGGCAUUUGUUGUGCGUAGUGAUGCGGAGAGAAUGGUACGCGCGCCUCUGGAGGAGCUACUUCAGCAGAGUUUGGCUGUAGCAGGUUGGUCAGAGGCGUUCAUACCACUUGUGAUAUGCUCUGUGAAUGUGAAAUCAACUUCUUAAAUGACUUUUAAUGCUACACUUUUUUUUAUUAUUUUUUUAUCUUUACUACAUCCAAGCAUUGAGGUGAAAUUAUGUGAACAAACCUAUUUUUUAAAAUCGCUAAUUAAAAGAUAUAUUUAAGUAUUUAUACAUUACCUGAAGGAGCGCAGGCCAGGCAGCCUUGGGGACCAGUCGAGUGGCUAGUGAGUAUUGAAGGUGGAGGGAGCGGACCGGAGCUAAGGCUGAUAUUGUUGUGUAGUUUCCACCCCCUCGCCCUGCCCAAGCCCAGGGGCAGGCAAGCAUGCGGACGUGUCAAUUAGCCGGGCCGAACUGGGUUACACUGACUGCACCACUCUGUUUGUUGUGCUCAAAAUAGUUGCUGAAUUUCACUUAUAUUGCCAUGUUUCAAAAUGAGAGGUAUAUAACUUUUGUAUGUAUGAAAUUCUAUUAGGGAUGAAAGAGAUUCUAUUAGAAAUUACUCAGGGCUGAAGAAGUAAAAAGGAGAGAUAAAAUCUAAAUUUUGUGAUUUUUUUUUCAUAUACAAAUAGAGGGAAUAUUCUAUUUUGCUACAUAUGGGUGUGUGCAGUCUGUGGCCCAUGUGGGAGAAAUGCUGCCAAACAGUUCCAUUUCAACCUCAAACCAUUGUAGUUUUUGUAAAAGCAAUUAUUUUGACUGAUAAAUAGCACUAUAGCUUCUUAUUCUUGUGUAUUUUCUGUAGUUCAGCGCCUUUGGAUCAAGGAACUAAAUUUUAAUAAUUGUUAUUUCAAAAAUACUAUUUUUACAAUUCUAAAUUGACAACAUUCUGGAAUUUUAAGCACAGUCAUUUUAUUAGUCCAAUAUUUGCAGAAAUUUGAGAUAUAUACAUUUUACUUACAUAUAUAUUUAAAUAUAUAUACGGAUAUAUUUUUAUGUACAGAAAGCAAAAUUUGUUGAAACUGUUUAAAUAAUUUUGUUAUACUGGGUAACUGGCUGAACCUUUGGUUUUCCAGUCUGUGUGAUAUAAGAUGAGGGACAGCUGUGUGGUUUUCAUCUUGUUAGAUUGUCUGUUGUAAUAAGUAAAACAAAUUUAACAUAGCUUCCCUCAUUUUAUUGUCAUGCAGGUCCAUUCCGUUGAGAUUGCAGCCCUGUGUUAAACUUAACUGCAUUUCUCGCAAAGUAUUGCACCUAUUUAUGUUUAAUUAAAGUAUAUGUUGUUGGAGAAGUUAAAUUUUAUUGUUUCUCUUUUAAAUAUUUGGUUUCUCCUUUGUUACUCUGUCUUACAUGUAGCUUUUGUAGUCUUCCAAUCCUUCUUUUGUUGCGGGUCUGGGUGGUGUUAGGCGCAACUUUGAGUUAGCGUCUUGCACCCGCUAGUCGGACAGGCGCCGCCCGCCGUUUGUUACUGGAUGUUCUCCCUGCUCCAUUGCUGUUCAUAUGUGAUGAUGAAGUACAAAACUAACGUGUUAUCAUUGUGUUACAUAGACACAUUUGUUUUGUUUAAUUAUUUUUUCAACAUACGUACAUGGAAAUUGUGGGAUAAUGCCCCCAACUUGUUUUUUAAGUACAGUAAAUAGUGAGGGGAUAAUGCUUUUGCAGCAUUUAGUGUGUGGUGGAGAGUGAAUGGGUCUUGUUGUGUUCAUUGAAACAUAGAGUGAGUGAAUGUAUAUGUGAGACUGAUUGUGUGUCUGUGUGUGUGAUUGUGCAGAGGUGUUUUAGUAGCACCAAGAGAUAUCUUUAUUUGUGGUUACAUGAAAGUCAGUAUGAGUGUGAAAUGAAUGAGAGACUGGAUUACUUGUUAUUGGAUGAAAGACAGUAUGCUGUGUGAGGAACUGAUUCGAGUGACUUGUGAUGUGCAUUUGCUGUGAUGGGUCAUGAAGGAGGUGAAACCUUUCACAUUGUUUGCGCAGAUAAACCAUGUGUAGCAUUGUUAUAAACCAAAGCAUGUCAAUGUAAAUUAUGUACAGUUUUAUUUCACUUUUUUUUACGUCCGAGAUGGUAGGUGGUUGGAUUUUUACAAGGAAAUAUUGUUUUGUUUCUUGUGGGAACUUGAAGAAAUUUUAUGGAAUGAUGCUAUGUUUUGUUGUUAAAGACACCAGAACAAGCAGGACUAGAUAAUGGGUGGACUUAUUGUGUAUAAAUGAGAGUUUAGUGAUAUGCCCACAUUAUUGUAAAGUGACUUUAAAGAUAUUUUUGUAAAGAUAUUGUGUGGAUCCAACCCCAGCUGCUGUUCCCUCUCCGCUGUGGCUGUGUUACUUUUGCAAGCUACAAUUGUAAAGAAAGAGAUGUGAGAGUAUAAGAGAGAGCUAAUUGUAUUAUCUUUGUGUAUAAUAAUUAUUGAUUUUUAAUAAAUUACGAAAAAUUGUGUU